CAUAAUUACCUCAUCUCGCAAUAACUAAAUUCACAUGAUUCGUCCAGAAUUCAUCCGUGGGGUCAACCAGAGCGUUAAAUUACGCGCAACAUCGAGUGUAUAUAAGAUUGUUCAUGUCCAACCCCAAGACGAACACUACCAUAGUGCCAUUGCAUGCAAAAUUAUUAGUUCUAUUUGUGGGCUUGAAAUCUGUGAAGUUCUUGAGAAGCACAAGAAGAUUUCUAUCGUGCCAUCAUCUGCUACUUUCCUUAUCAAUAUUGAUCAACCAUGCAAAAACUCCGAGGUUAAUCAGACACUCCUCUCUAAGGUUGUCAAGGAGAAAAAUCUCAAAGAGCUUUUAAAACUUGGAGGAGCUAAAGGUAUAGCUGUUUCUCUCAAAACCGAUGAGAAUCGUGGAAUUGGUGGAGCAGUUGAAGACAUUUUUGGCAGACAGGAGGAGUUUGGGACUAAUGCUUACAGUAAGCCACCUACAAAGGGUUUCUUAUAUUUUGUUUUGGAAGCUUUUAAGGAUCCAACAAUUCUUAUUCUAUUGGUUUGCGCCGCGCUUUCUCUUGGAUUUGGGAUCAAAGAGAAUGGACCAAAAGAAGGUUGGUAUGAUGGUGGAAGUAUAUUUGCUGCUGUAUAUCUUGUUAUUUCUAUCUCAGCUAUCAGCAACUUCAGACAAAGCAGACAAUUCGACAAGCUUUCCAAGGUGAGCAAUAAUAUCCAGAUCGAAAUUGUGAGAAAUGGAAGGAGACAACAAAUAUCGAUAUUUGACAUUGUUGUUGGGGACAUAGUUUGUCUGAAGAUUGGCGAUCAAGUACCUGCAGACGGACUAUUUCUAGACGGGCACUCUUUGCAAGUGGAUGAAUCUAGCAUGACAGGAGAAAGUGAUCAUGUUGAAAUCAAUCAAUAUCGAAACCCCUUCUUGUUUUCUGGCACAAAGGUUACUGAUGGAUAUGCUAGAAUGCUUAUUACAUCUGUAGGAAUGAACACUACUUGGGGAGAAAUGAUGAGCUCAAUUAGCCAGGAAUCAAACGAGCAAACGCCUCUUCAAGCUCGACUAAACAAGCUAACUUCAUCUAUAGGUAAGGUUGGUUUAGCAGUAGCUUUCCUAGUACUUCUUGUUCUACUGGUUCGAUUCUUUACAGGAAAUACAACAGACGAAAAUGGGGAUAAAGAAUUCAGUGGAUUUGGUAAGACAAAGGUUGAUGAGGUGAUAAAUGGAGUCCUGGGAAUUAUUGCAGCUGCAGUAACUAUUGUAGUUGUUGCAAUUCCAGAAGGAUUGCCUUUGGCCGUUACACUCACUCUUGCUUAUUCAAUGAAAAGAAUGAUGGCCGAUCAAGCUAUGGUUCGAAGGCUCUCUGCUUGCGAGACAAUGGGAUCUGCCACUACAAUAUGUACAGACAAAACAGGAACUCUUACAUUAAAUCGGAUGAAGAUAACUAAGUUUUGGUUGGGGAAAGAAACUGUCGAAGGGAAAAGUUACACUUCAAUUGCAGCCAAUGUUCUUGAAUUACUGCAUCAAGGGGUUGGUCUUAAUACGACAGGGAGUGUUUAUAGGUCCAGUGCAUCAGAAUUUGAGUUCUAUGGUAGUCCCACUGAAAAGGCUAUUCUUUCGUGGGCUGUGCUAGAAUUGAAUAUGGAUAUAGAGAAGGUCAAGGGGAAUUGUAGCAUUAUGCACGUGGAAGCAUUCAAUUCUGAGAAAAAGAGAAGUGGUAUUUCAAUGAAGAAAGUUGAAGAUGACACUGUUCACGCACACUGGAAAGGAGCUGCUGAAAUGGUACUGAAAAUGUGCUCUCAUUACUAUGAUUUAGAAGGAAAUGUGAAUUCUCUCAACGAUUUUGACAGGAUGAAAUUCGAAAGAAUAAUACAAGGUAUGGCUGCAAGUAGUCUUCGAUGCAUUGCAUUUGCACACACACAGGUUUUAGAGGCCGGGCAUGCGAAUCCGAAUGGGCAGCAAAAGAUUCAAGAUAAUGGAUUAACCCUUUUGGGCCUCGUCGGUCUAAAAGAUCCAUGUCGACCCGGUGUGAAGAGAGCUGUGGAAGAUUGUCAAUUUGCAGGGGUGAAUGUGAAAAUGAUAACUGGUGAUAAUGUUUUCACUGCAACAGCAAUAGCCACUGAAUGCGGAAUACUCAAGCUGAAUGAGGAAAUGGAUGAUGGAUCAGUGGUGGAAGGAGUUGAAUUUCGCAACUAUACUGAAGAGGAACGGAUGGAAAAAGUUGAUAAAAUCUGUGUGAUGGCAAGAUCAUCCCCUUUUGACAAAUUACUAAUGGUAAAAUGCCUGAAAAAGAAAGGUCAUGUUGUGGCAGUAACCGGUGAUGGCACAAAUGAUGCUCCCGCAUUAAAAGAAGCCGAUAUCGGCCUAUCAAUGGGAAUUCAGGGCACGGAAGUGGCCAAAGAAAGUUCAGAUAUUGUCAUUUUGGAUGACAAUUUUUCUUCCCUUGCCACUGUUUUAAGAUGGGGAAGAUGUGUUUACAACAACAUACAGAAAUUCAUCCAAUUUCAACUCACUGUGAAUGUUGCAGCACUUACAAUCAACUUUGUAGCAGCAGUUUCUGCUGGUGAAGUGCCAUUAACAGCUGUCCAGUUAUUAUGGGUGAAUCUGAUAAUGGACACAUUGGGGGCUCUAGCUCUUGCUACUGAAAAACCAACCAUGGAGCUCAUGGAAAAGCCGCCCGUGGGCCGAAAAGAGCCACUUAUCACCAAUGUUAUGUGGAGGAACUUAUUAGUUCAAGCAUUGUAUCAGAUAGUUGUUCUUCUGACAUUACAGUUCAAGGGUAAAUCGAUCUUCAGUGUUAGCAAAAAGGUAAACGAUACGUUGAUUUUCAACACAUUCGUGCUUUGUCAAGUACUUAAUGAAUUCAACGCGAGGAAGCUUGAGAAGAAGAAUGUAUUUGAAGGAAUACACAGGAAUAAGCUAUUUCUUGGAAUCAUUGGAAUUACUAUAAUUCUUCAAAUAGUGAUGGUGGAAUUUCUGAAGAAGUUUGCAGAUACAGAGAGGUUGAAUUGGAGUCAAUGGGGGUUUUGUAUAGGAAUUGCAGCUGCAUCCUGGCCUAUUGGUUGGCUUGUCAAGUGCAUACGGGUACCAGAAAGACCAAUAUUUAGUUAUGUUAAUUGGAAGAAGUUAAGAUGCAUGUAAAGAACUCAGUACUUUGUUUAAUCUUUUAUAAUUAUAUUUCAACUAGAGUACAUUUCUUAUUUGUAAUAUAUUUUGGACGAAGGAAGCUAUAGAAUAUUUUUUGGUUUUCUAAUUCUUCAU